AUGGCUCCAUUCUUCUUCUCGACACCCGUCGACAUCGACGUCGUCCUCGAGGACAGCGAUGAACGACAAACCGUUGACGUGAAGCUGGACAAGGGCCGUCGCGAAAAGGCGCCGCUUUACAUGGAUGGAGAGUCUGUCAAGGGUGCAGUUACAGUGCGACCAAAGGAUGGGAAGCGAUUAGAGCAUACUGGUAUCAAAGUGCAGUUUAUUGGGUCAAUUGAAAUGUUCUUCGACCGCGGCAACCACUACGAAUUCCUCUCUCUCGUCCAAGAACUCGCCGCACCAGGCGAACUCCAACACCCCCAAACAUUCCCCUUCAACUUUAAAAACGUCGAAAAGCAAUACGAGUCAUACAACGGCAUAAACGUCAAGCUCCGAUACUUUGUGCGGGUCACAGUAUCGCGGCGCAUGGCUGACGUGAUACGAGAAAAGGAUCUCUGGGUCUACUCUUAUCGCAUGCCCCCUGAGACUAACAGCCCAAUCAAGAUGGAUGUCGGAAUUGAGGAUUGUCUGCACAUUGAGUUUGAGUAUUCAAAAUCACAGUAUCAUCUGAAGGAUGUUAUCGUUGGGCGAAUAUAUUUUUUGCUAGUCCGGUUGAAGAUUAAGCAUAUGGAACUUUCGAUCAUUCGGAGGGAGACGACGGGUGCAGCGCCUAAUCAGUACAAUGAGAGUGAGACGUUGGUCAGAUUUGAGAUUAUGGAUGGUUCUCCUUCACGAGGCGAGACGAUUCCUAUCAGAUUAUUCCUCGGCGGUUUCGACCUGUCACCUACUUUCCGCGACGUCAACAAGAAAUACUCAACCCGAUAUUAUCUCAGUCUGGUUUUGAUCGAUGAAGACGCUCGUCGCUACUUCAAACAAUCAGAAAUCGUCCUCUAUCGCCAAGCCCCUGAAAUCGCGCCCACACCGGAAGUCGCGCAGCAGCAAUUGAUUCAACAGCAACAACUGCAGAGACAGCAGCAAGUCCUUGUGGGACCAAGUAAGAAUCCGCAGUAUCAUCAGCCACCUCCUCAGGCUCAGGCUCAGGCUCAAGCUCAAGCUCCAGCAGAAGCUUCAUCGUCGAAUCCAGUGUCUGCUCCGGAAGCGCAGGCCCAGGCUUGA